AUGGAUCUGGGCACCAUCCAGAAGAACAUCGAGAACCACGUGAUUCUGACGCGCGACGACUUUGCCAUCGCGGUUCGCAAGGUGUUCGACAACGCCUUUUUGUACAAUAAACCGCAAGACGACGUUCACGUGAUGGCGAAGACGCUCUCGGAAAUCUUCGAGAAGGAUUUCAUGCAGAUGACACGCCGGAUCUACGAGGCCGAGCCGGAGCCGUCCUCGCCCAUCUACAGCAAUAAAGUGCAGCGACACUCCGUGGUGCCUCGCUCGCGGCAGCGGCAGCGGCAGCGGCAGCGCUUGGCGAAGGGGAAGAACGCGAAGAAGGUGAAGGGGAAGAGCGUUUCUGGGAAGAGCGGGCAUCGCAAUGAUGUGAACGAAGAAUACAUGAAAAUGAAAAAUCAAAUGAACGCACUCCAAAGUCGGGUCGAUCAAAUGAAGGAGCAGAUGCUGGCGAUGGGGCUGAAGCUGCCCUCGUCGGACACAGCGCCUCCCAUGUCGGUGGAAGAGAAGAAGGUACUGAGCCAGGAAAUCAAUCAAUUCACUGGCGAGCGACUGGAGUACAUUAUAAAGAUCAUGCAGGAGUCGAUGCAGAUCGAUACCGUGGGAUCGGACUACGAGCUGGAGAUCGAUCUGGAUACGAUUCCGAAUGAGACGCUGCGGAAGCUGCAGGAAUAUGUCCAAAAGUGCAAUGCUGGAGGACAUGGAGGAGAGCGGGGCAGACACGCUAGCGAACUUAAUAGCCAUAUGGGUAUGGGGAAUUUAGACGUGGAUUCGGAUGAUUCUGUGGAUCACGAUUUUUUCUAAUAUAAUCUAUAACUCAUCUAU